AUGGCAGCAGCCGGAUCGGGGCGGCGGCGGAAGGCCAUGGAGGGUGUGGUGCAUGCGGGCGAAACCAACAUGGGUUGGUGGAGCAACGGAUGCGGGCAUGGCACCCCAAGUGUGGGAAGAAUAAAAUGUAAUUCAAUCGUUGGGUGUAUUGUUCAGAUGAGUUCGUCCUGUGCUAGAAGAAAAUCGCCAUGCCCAGACGGCAGUGCCAGGUGUGCCUUAUUUCAAGCUGCUGAGAAGAAAACCGCUGCACCAGAAGAACCUAUGCAGAAGCUUGAUGCAGAAGACGAGGUGAGCUCUGGUGGUAAAGCUGAAGCUUCUUCACCUCCUGUUGAAGAGAAGGAUGGUAAAUAUGGCCAGGCUCAAUUUCUCCUUGAUGACAUCGCAAGAAAAGAAUGGUGGUCUUAUGCGAGUCGCUUCGCCAUCCAACAACACUCCAUUGCACUACUUUUUGUCCAGCUUCAAGCCGAGCCAGUGAAUCUAAAAUGCUUUUCUGGAUCUGGCAAGGCCCCGUGUAUUGUUCGUCCUCAUGCUGCUUAUAUUCCAUGCUUGCAUGGAUAUGAGGAGACAGCUCUAUUGUUGGUAGUGACUGCAAACAUGGACUCCUCUUCGCUGGACGGGGAAAACAAAAAUAAUAAUCUAGUAGGCAGUAAAAUUACAUGGCUGAUCUCGGCUUUGUACAUCUUAGGUGAGCAUUAUGAGUUCUACUUCCCAUAA